AUGAGUUUAGAUCGCAGCGAGACUUUUCUUAACUAUGUUGAGAGUUUCAACAAACGCAUAGAAGCACUUCAUAGAGCCGAAGAGUAUUUUCGACAAUCUUCGAUAAUCGAAGCUGUAUCCAUUCCCACAAACAAACUUGGAAAAUUUCUUGACAGAAAAAUCGAAGAGUUCAACAACACCAUAACCCAAAUAGACCGAGACUUUCUUGAUGGUUUAAAUCCAGAUCUUGCACAUAGAGAAGAUUAUUCUAGUGCACGAAAGGAAAUAAGGAGAGAGUUUGGAGUCCAACGAGCAGAAUUGUUUGGUUUGAUAUAUAGAGUUAUCGAUGAUAUGAUUGAAAAGCGUUCCAAAAUUGAUAAGAACUACCAUGAAGAUUUGGCAGCUAUAGAGCUGAAGUUUAUGGAUGGAAAGAUUGAUCAAACAGAAUAUAUUAAUACAAUUCUAGGCGAUUUCUAG